AUGUACCAAUCUUGUGCCCUCGCCUUCUCUUGCCGCUCGUCCGGUCCAUUUUCCUACCUAAUUUUCAUCUUAGCCAUUCUUUCAGCUCUCAAUUUCUCCUUUUCUCUCCCCGGAAAACCGCAUUUGGGUUCAAAUCUCGUUCUCCUUGGUGACGCAAAAUUUGAAGACAAUGGCUCCUGCAUUCGUCUCACUAACCCCGGAAUUUCCUCCCCGAGCUCCGGAUUUAUCAUCCAGAAAAAGCCCAUCAAGCUUUUCACCUCGAACUCCAAGUCGAAAAACCCUGUCUCCUUUUCCACUGACUUCACUUUCUCGAUAUCGCCCCACAAUGGCGACGGCCUAGCCUUUCUUCUCGUUCCCACGAACUUCGUGUCGAGAUUUUCCGCCGGAAGUUUCGGGGUUUUGAAAGAAAGGCGGUUUCUUGGGGUGGAGUACGAUACCUCGUUCGACGAGAACGUUCGGGACCCAAAUUCGAACCAUGUCGGUAUUGAUGUGGGCAGUCUUGUUUCUUCGAAAACAAGCAAUGUUUCGUCUCUCAAUUUGGUUCUGAACUGUGGAGUAAAGUUGCAUUCUUGGAUUGAUUAUGAUUCGAGCUCAAAAAGGAUUGAGGUCAGGCUGGCUAAAUUCAGUGCCCGCAGGCCCUAUGAGCCUCUGUUGGUUUAUCAGCUCGACUUAAGCCAAAUGUGGGGAAACCAAGAAGUGCUAGUAGGAUUGAGCUCGUCUAGUGGAAAGUCGGUGCAGGUUAGCAGCGUGUAUUCGUGGAAUUUCAAGACGAGGACUGUGCCAAAGUGGAUGCACUCUAAACCGCUAGACCCAAGGAAAUUUUUGGGCAAGGGCAGUGAGGAUAAUAAAUUGACCCAAAAAAAAAGGAUUUGUGCUUUAGGAUUUCUUUCUGGAUUGGUUUUUGUGACGGGAUGUGCGGCUUUGCUUGCUUUAGUCGUGCUUUUCUUGUGGGCUUUGUAUGAAAACAGUUCUGAGACGGUUUUGACCAUUCCGCGAAAGUGCAACAUGGGGUCGGGUGAUUUCAGGUAUGAAAAGAUUAAGGUAGUGGUGGGUGAUAACUCGGCUGAUGCUAAGAAUUAG